AUGCGGUUUUUCGCCAGGUUUUUCGCUGGUUGGACAUUAUUAUCUUCUUCUGUUGCAGCGCUAUCAGUCAAAUCAGUCAAUACCUACAACAUAACCAAUGAUGUCGAGGGUAGCGUUCGACUAAACGGUCUUUCUUUCCAACAGCAUGCUCUGACUACAUUCGGCAACCAUCAGUAUGUAGCCUUCUACAAAACAGUGACCGGCUAUGGGAAACAUCAUGUCAAUCUGGGUCGCCGCCAGAUUUCGCCCACCUUCGGCGAAUGGCAGUCUUUCGCCUUCACAGACUACGUGCAACAAACACUGGACGAACACAAUACCAUCAGCAUGGGGAUUAGUGGUGACGGCAGAAUACAUUUGAGUUUCGAUCACCAUGAUGUAGCACUCAAUUACCGUGUCAGCAAUGCUGGUAUUGCAAAAACUGUGCCCAAAGACUGGUCUGCAAGCACCUUUGGUGGAUCGGUUGUGCAUAGUCUGCCUGGCUCGACAGGCCCCUUCACACCGCUGACAUACCCACGCUUUGAACGCCUCGACAGUGGUGAUCUGCUCAUGGAGUUCCGUAUUGGGCAAUCUGGAGCAGGCGACUCGUAUAUUCAUCACUACUCUUCCACCACAGGACAAUGGAGCAAUACGGGUAAAUAUCUCCAAGGACAGGACAACAAUGCUUACAUCAACGGGAUCUCCAACCAGGGUGGCAAGCUUUUCGUUUCCUGGACCGUUCGCGAAACUCCGGAUGCGAAAACCAACCACGACUUCUACUUUGCUUACUCGCAAGACGAUGGAGUCACCUGGAGGCAAUCCAAUGGACGGACCGUAGCAAAGCCGAUAACGCCAUCCACAGCAGGAAUCAAAAUUUAUUCAAUUCCACAAAACAGUCAGAUCAUUAACCAGGAGGCCCAAUGUGCGGACCAGAAAGGUCGCUUUCACGCCCUGAUGCGUGAUAACAGCACAGGAGUUGCACGCUUCUACCACUACAUGCGUACCCCAGAAGGACAGUUCACAAAGACUGCCAUGAACCUACCAGGGCUGUCAACACCACCUUAUCUCGCAUAUCGAGGCAAAAUUGCUGCUACAGAUGACAAUGUUAUUGCAAUCAUACCGGAUGCCCCAGCGUCAACGGUGCAAAUAUGGGCCUCGACAGCAUCCGGAGCUUAUACGAAUUGGACCAAGCUUGCUGAAAUUCCUAACAUGGCUGGUGAGCCAUUGGUCGAUGAAGAAAGGUUAGACAAGUAUGGAAUCUUGAGUCUGUUUGUCAGACAGGGUGGCCCGUUUGGUACUAGGAAGGUUCAGGUUUGGGAUUUUGGGCUCGAUAUGUAG